GUUACUGAAGAAUACAGGCGUCGCCUAGCUACCGGUCCUUCUUCUCCCGUCGGAUUACGGCCGAGGCAGCACGCCAGAGAACGGUUAUCAAGUCGUAAAACGUCGAAUAAAGCCAAAACUUCCCAUCCCAGUUCUUAGAGUGAAUAGAGGAGAGACCCCUUUGAUCGAGAAAUGGAUCAGUCUUUGCCAAACCCUCAUCAAGGGAGAGCCCCUCAGCGUGCUGCUGCAUCGGUGGGGGCGUUCAGGCAGGGAAAUGUUCCCACACUGGAGAGAGGCGUCAUCAGUGGGGACAAAGUCCAGUUUGGUAGACCGCAGCGACACACACGUUUGUCUCAUUCUGAAGUCCAGAGCUCUGGAGAGGAGUGGUUGAACAGGUCGAUGGAGGGAAGUGGCUCCUAUGGUGAAAGCCCUGUCUAUCAGGGCAUGCAGGCUGAGGGAAUCCGGCACCACCGCAGCAGCUACGAACAGGCUGGGAACAACUACCCACGCCGAAUUUCCUCUAAUGGCAAUGGACCACUGUCUUCCUCUCCCAGAAGUCCUAACACUAGAGGCUAUAUGACCUUCCAGUCCAGCCGCAAUCGUGGUCAGCAGCAAGAAGGCCGUCCGGUCACUGUGAAGGCCUCAGGCACCCCCCAUCGCCAGUACAGUAGAGGCCGCAAUCGUACCUCCUCUGAGACUGAACAGGGGGGCAAAGGCAGCAGGGGGCCUCACCAGAGGAAGAGAGGCCUCUCUGAGACGGAAAUCAGGCCCAAAUGGGACAAUACCAAAAUGAGUGGACUUCAGUGCCUCGCCUCAGAGAACAUCUGGUUCGACAAACACCGCUACGAUGAAGCAGAGAAGUGCUUCUACGAGGGAGCUAACGGACCCUCCACACAGCAGCAGCAGGAUAGAGAAGUUAGUACCAUCCUGCAGGACAUGGCUUUAUCCAGAAAGAAUAUCCUGCAGUCCAUAAGUGGAGUGAAAACGACCCUGCAGCAGGCCAAAGGGCGCCAGCCAAAACGGCAGCACAGAAAUUCAUCCUCACACGGAGGAGACCAGGAGCUGGUCACACGUAUGAAGAGCAUGGAGCUAGAGAACCAGGCCCUGCACAAAGUGGUGGAGAGCAUGAGAGCAGCCCUGCAGAAGCUGGAGUCCAGAGUGGCUAUGCUUGAAAAGACGCCCGCAGCAGCAGCGGUCCCAUCUGCCAAGGCUGCUCCAGUCAAACAGGUGAACGGCAAUGAUGCUGAUGACGACGAUGAUGACGAUGACGACAUGGACUUGUUCGGCAGUGAUGAUGACGAUGCGGAGGCAGAACGCCUCAAACAGGAACGCAUCGAUGCCUACACGGCCAAGAAGGCCAAGAAACCCACACUCAUCGCUAAGUCAUCCAUCCUGUUGGAUGUCAAGCCUUGGGACGACGAGACUGACAUGGCGAAGCUGGAGGAGUGUGUGCGCACAGUGCAGAUGGACGGGCUCCUGUGGGGAGCAUCCAAACUGGUGCCUGUCGGCUACGGCAUCAAGAAGCUGCAGAUCAACUGCGUGGUCGAGGACGACAAAGUUGGCACAGACAUCCUGGAGGAGGAGAUCACCAAGUUUGAGGACUUUGUCCAGAGUGUAGAUGUUGCUGCCUUCAAUAAGAUCUAAGCUCCCACACCUCUUUACCUGCUCCACCAAAGUGUUGCUGCUCUCUGCUUGCAUGGUUAAUAAAAUGCAACGUUUUGAGCACAAAAACCUG